AAAAAUCCUUAAUUGCUUUUCAAGCAAUUCCAUUUCACGACUUUCCAGAUUCUGCCUAUGCUUUCCUCUGUUAAUACAAUCUCUUCACACACAUGAAUACAAUCUAUUUUGAAUUAACCAUCAUAUUAGUAUGAGCAGUGAAACGUUAAUGGAGAAACCGAUGAGUGGAAAAUUUCGAUGCAGAACCCAGUCCUGGUACAUUGUUUUGGUCUCUUUCCUUUUGUGGCUCACACUGUACAUGUGCUAUUUGUAUUCUUCAUCUGUAACAUUUCGCAAGAGGGGGCAUAGUUUCGUAGCCAACAACCAUACGGGUUUUUUAGAUUCAUCCCAGUCCUUUCAUGUUGUUGUUAGAGAUGAUGAAACUCAAGAUCCUUCUCAUGUAGAAGAUAUUGAUAUUGUAGAUAAUGUUGUUGAUGAUGAUGAAACCGAAACUGAUGAGGAUAAAACUACUGAGUUUUCCGACGUCGAAGAAGUUAACCAGGUCAUUGAUUCCAUGUUGUCUGAAGAUCAGAACGGCACCGACACAGAUUCUGCCAAAGAUAACGAAGAUGUAACAAGUAAUGAAGAGGUUAAAAAUAUGGAUGAAGAUGAUAAACCUGUUGUUCAAUCUUCAGCGCAAGACAAAAGAAAGGAAGGUCGUUCGACCAAACAAAGAAAAGGGACUACUGCAAAUGUUUCAGAACGACAAAGGGACAAGAAGUCUGAGGAGGAUCAAGAAAGAAGAAAGGAAGAUCGUGUGGUAAAACAAAAAGAGACUGCAAAUGUUUUAGAACGACAAAGGGGGGAGAACGUUGAAGAUCAAGCAGCUAAACGGAAAGGGGCGGCAAAUUUUUUGGAACGACAAAGGGGAGAGAAUGUUGAAGAUCAAACGGCAAAACGACAAGAGAAUGCUGAUGUUUCAGAACGACAAAGGGAAGACAAUCCUGAGGAUCAACCUGUUGAAAACAUGUUACCGGCUGUUAAGAGCCGAACCGAAAGGCCUCAACGUCCCAGGAGAAGAGAAAGGAAUAAACCUGCGGAUUCAUUGAAUCCUGUCAUGGAGAAAAGGAUAGAGAAAGUUGUUGCGGAACCAAGAAGACAAAAUCCGGUGCAAGCUGGAUUGGAUUCAUGUUCAGGGCGGUAUAUAUAUAUUCAUAACCUUCCCAGGAAAUUUAACCAAGAUUUACUCGAAAACUGCCGCUCGCUUAGUUUCUGGACGGAUAUGUGUGAAUGUGCGUCGAAUCUAGGCCUAGGUGCCCGUCUUUCUAAUGAUGAAAAGCUUUAUUCAAACUCAGGUUGGUUUGCUACAAACCAGUUCUUACUAGAAGUCAUUUUCCACAACAGGAUGAAGCAGUACAAGUGCUUGACUAAAGAUCCAUUGGUUGCUUCAGCAAUCUAUGUUCCGUAUUAUGCCGGCCUCGAUGUCGGUCGUUACCUUUGGGAUCCUGAUGGGUUCAUGAGGGACUAUGAUGCACUUAAUCUUGUCAAGUGGCUUGCAUCUAGACCUGAAUGGAAAAGAAUGUGGGGGAGAGACCAUUUCUUGGUUGCAGGAAGGAUUAAUUGGGAUUUCAGGAGAGACCCGAAAAACGAGUCUGAUUGGGGCAAUGAGCUUCUGAAUUUUGAUGAAUCGAGGAACAUGACGAUGUUGGUACUCGAGUCGAGUCCAUGGAACUACAAUGACUUUGCGAUACCGUAUCCAACAUAUUUCCAUCCUUCAAGAGAUGACGCUGUGUUUCAAUGGCAGAACAAGAUGAGAAGACUGAAACGACGAUUCUUGUUCUCUUUCGCAGGUGCACGACGGCCUGGUCGCCACGAAUCUAUCCGCAAUGAGCUCAUCGAACAGUGUCUUGCUUCAAGAAGGAGAUGCAGGUUCCUUGAAUGUGAUAAAACGCAGAAGUGCCACAAGCCAGCUAAUGUGAUGAGAUUGUUUCAAAACUCCAUCUUCUGUUUACAACCACCAGGAGAUUCCUACACCAGGAGGUCAAUAUUUGAUUCAAUUAUAGCUGGUUGUAUCCCAGUUUUCUUCCAUCCAGGUUCAGCUUAUGUUCAAUAUAUAUGGCAUUUCCCCAGGGAUUACAAUAAAUACUCGGUGAUGAUCCCGGAAAGUGAUGUUAAAACUGGGAAAGCCAACAUUGAAAGAAUAUUAACAAGAGUUUCUAGAGACAGAAGAGUAGCUAUGAAGGAUGAAAUUAUAAAGAUGAUCCCAAAGGUGAUAUAUGCAGAUCCAUCAUCAAGAUUGGGGGAAAUUGAAGAUGCAUUUGAUCUAACAGUUAAGGGUAUUCUUGACAGAGUUGAGACAGUGAGGAAUCAAAUGAAUGAAGGGAGAAUAGUGAAUUAUGACUUUGAGGAAGAAGAAUCUUGGAAGUAUUUUGCUAUUGGGAAACUUGGGCCCCAUGAAUGGGAUGCUUAUUUCUCAAGAAAAAUUGGGAAACAUGGCCCUUGAAUUUGAUCCUAAUUUCCCUUAAUUUUUUUAAGAAAGAAAAUCAAAUUUAACUGGCGAAUGUCCAGUAGGGAGAGGUAUUAGCAAUGAAACUAGAGGAAGAAACAAAGAGGAAUUUUAUU